CAGUAAGCGUUAGUACAUUUCCCGCCCAGCUGCACGUGUAAAUUUUUGUGCAGCCCACGAAGAGCUGCCUAAAUAAUCGAAUAAUUGGGCACUUGAAGCGAUUGUUAUGAGUUCAGACGAGUCCAGCGAUGGCCUGGAGGACCUCAAGGACCUGAUGGCCCUGUACGGCAAACAGGAGCAGAGGAAGCCGACGGAGAACCAGAUGCAUCACCUUAUGCCGAAGGCUUCGCAGGCCGAGCAGCUCAACUAUGUGGAGGUGCCCAUGGAGAAGGUGCUCUUCGGCGACCGCCAGCGGUUCCUCACCAAUCUGGCCAAGUCCGUGGGCCAGAAGUGGCAGCAGAGCGACGACGACGAGAAGAAGGAGUCAAACCCUGGCCAGCAGAAGCCGGGCGACAAGCGAAAGGCCGCCUGGUCGGAUUCCGACGACGAGGACAUCCAAGUGGGCGAUGUCAAGAGGGCCACCAAGCACACGGGGCCACUGAACCACCUCCGCAAGGACAAGUCCUACAAGGAGUACCUCACGGCGCGGUUCCAGCGCACUCUUAACCAGCCCAAGUGGGCGGAGAAGAAGGCCAAGGGGGACAAGGAGGAGGAGGACCUCUCCUCCGACGAGGAGGAUCUGCUCAGGACCGUGGGCUUCAUCGACCGCCGGGCUAGAAGCAGUGAUCUGCCCCAGAAAACGCUGAACUUCAAGCGGGUCAAGGACCUGAACAGAGCCACCUAUGCCGAGGGCUUGGUCACCAGCGUUCAGUUUCAUCCGACGAGCACAGCCGCUCUGGUGACGGGCCAGAACUCCAUAGCCACCAUCUACACGGUGGACGGGCAGAAGAACGAGAAGCUGCACAGCAUGCGCUUCAAGAAGUUCCCGCUGAUCUGCGCCCGCAUUGCUCCCUGCGGCACGAAGGCGUUCAUGGGUUCGAUUAGGAGAUUCUACUACGCCUACGACCUGCUGGAGGCCAAGGAAGUCAAGCUGAAGUUGCCGGGCGAGUUGAACACCAUGCACCGAUUUGAGGUCUCUCCUUGUGGCAAAUUCAUCGCCGCUGCCGGCAAGUACGGAGCCAUCCAUCUGCUGACGGCCAACACGAACGAACUGGUGCACAGCUUCAAGCAGGAGGGCCAAGUGAUGGACCUCUGCUGGUCUGGUGACUCCAAAAGGGUCCUCGCCUGCAGCUCCAGCACCAAUGUUACAGUGCUGAACCUGCGGCAGAACCUCAUCGAACACACAUUCAUGGACGACGGUUGCAUCAGCGGAGCGUGCAUCCAACUGGCGCCGAAUCAACGCCUCCUGGCCACUGGCAGCAAAGAGGGCGUGGUCAACGUUUACGACUACAAGAACGUGUUCGCCUCCAGCGUGCCGCAGCCCGAGAAACGCUUCAUGAAUCUGAGGACCGCCAUCUCGGAUCUGCAGUUCAAUCACUCAUCCGAGAUGCUGGCGAUGAGCUCCAGCGAGGCGCCGAAUACCGUGAAGCUGGCCCACUUCCCCAGCGCCACCGUGUUCUCCAACUUCCCGGAUCGGGACGAAAACGUAGGCUAUGUCAGCUCGAUGGCCUUCUCGCCGCACAGCAGCUUCUUGGCCUUCGCCACCAAGGGCAAGCGGGUGCCGCUCUUUAGGCUUAAGUACUUCAAGGGUUAUUAAUUGAAAGUGGUACGAUUUAAAUAAAAUAUGUAUUCUUAUAAAAAA